AUGAAGAGUGUGUACCUGAUUGUUUGGUUCCCUGGUGGAAGUUCAAGUGGCAUUAAGGGACAGCCGUCUUGGAGUAACCCCUUAUGUGACAGUCACUCAAGGAAUGCUUGUGCCUACGAGUUAGGUAAACUUGGCAUUCGACAGGGAUCCUGUGUGGAAAUUCCAAAGUGCCAUAGAUGGAAUAUUAUUGAGGAAGAACUUCGAUUUCUCCGGGAAAAGGCGGAGCACCUGAAUCUGAACAAUGCUGCCCAGUUGAAUGGUGGAAACAUCAAUCUUGGGGAGGGGAAAAUGGGAAAUGACAUCAAUAGUCUGAUGGGUCUUGCUGGUUUUCAUGGAAAUGGAGCUAAUAAUGGCAAUCUCAGUGGUAUGGGAGGAGGAGGGUUUCAAGUCCAAGCAAACAACGAUUUCCAUGGUACUGCUGUUGUUUCCGCAGGAAUUCCCAAUGGUGGUCUGGCAUUAUAUUCCAAAACACACAGAAAUCCCCAUUCUACUUGA